AUGCUUUCAAACUCUUACAUGCGCUGCGGCGGCAGGAGCUUCAGUGGUGAAGACAGCGAGUUGUACACCACGGUGGUGGCUGCGUACUUGGAGGGCUUGCUUUGUCGAGGAGCCAAUGUCAAGUUCUUUUCAGAGGGUGGCCGCAGCCGCAGCGGCAAACUGCUACAACCCAAGAUUGGCUUGCUGGGAAUGGUGGUAGAUCCAAUCCUUCGUGGCAUCGUUGAGGAUGCCUACAUCGUGCCAGUUUCUAUCUACUAUGAUGGAGUGAUGGAAACUGAGAGCUAUGUGAGGGAACUCUUGGGAAGUGCCAAGAGGAAGGAAAGCCUUAUAGGGGUGCUGGGACAAGGAAAACACUUAUUAGCAAUGCCCCGCUCACGUUAUGGUAAUAUUCAUGUCCGAUUUGCACCUGGAUUCAGUGCCAGAAGCUACAUUGAGAACUACACUGCGUUGCAGCGGCAAUCCUCUGUUCACAGGGCGAACUUUGACCCUCAAAGCUCUGCAAGCGAGAAGGGAAUCCUUUUAAAGGCGCUUGCUUACCACGUUUUGGAGGAGAUCAACCGUGUUUCAAGUGUGACCCCUACUGCAUUGGUCGGUACUGUGCUUCUUUGCACACAGGGCCGUGGAAUUGGCCGAAGAGCCUUAAUCAGCAAAGUUGAAUGGCUUCGUGGCGAGGUGGUGCGAUCUGGAGGACACAUGUCGCGGUUUUAUGACUUUCCUGGUGAACUGACAGCUGAAGUGGUUGACUCUGCUUUGGGGGUGCUGGGAAAUCUUGUGCAAACAUUCACAGGUUUGGUGGAGCCUGUCUACUGCGUUGCACCGGGAAUGAGCUUUGAGCUGUCCUACUACAGGAACCUAUGUGUGCACGUCUUCAUCCACCAGGCGAUCGUGACAGCAGUUCUGCAUCGAGCAGUCCAGAGGCAGCCAAAUGUUCGACGAGUUGAGCGAACCAGUAUCAUGUCGGAUGUGCGUUUUUUGAGCAGACUCCUUAAGCGUGAAUUUGUGUUCUCCGGUGCAGCUACACCAAAUUCAAGCGUGCGUCCGCAAGCGGUGGCUGGAGAACAGCACUGGGGUCAGGAAAACUCAACUGCUUUGAUGCGGAAUUUUGAGUCGGCUCUUGAACUUUUGGUGUCGGAGGGCGUAAUAGAGUUUUGCGAUGAAGGUGGUGCAAUUUCUUUAGAGCAGUACUGCCAAGCCCAGGAUAUGGGAGGCUAUGAUCACUGGAACAAGCACUUUACCUUCUUGUGCUCGCUGGUGUGGCCCCUGAUAGAUGCUUGGCUCAGGCAUCACUUCUGUAUAUAUUCCGUCACGGCCUUGUAA